AUGGCGCUGUCCGUUUUCGACGCGACUUUUCUAUAUCCUAUCAAGGGCUUCUUCUACUUCCUAAGCCGCCCGUACUACUGGCCUCUGUUCCGAACCCGCCUCAUACCGAUAUGCUUCCUGUCCGCAUUCAUACUGUCGAUCCUGUUCAUCUUCGCCUUCUUGCCGCAGGUCGCGUUCCUGGCAAUUUUCCAUGGAGCCGGCGCGUGGCUUAACGCUGUGGUCCUCACUCUCGGCGAAGGCGCAGCCAUUACAGGUCUGCUUUUCGAGGCCUUCUUUGUCGACGAGACACAGGUCGAUGUCUUCGACGCCGUUCUCAUCGAUCAGGGCCUCUCGGAUUUGGUGGCCCAGGCAAGAGUAUUGGAUCCAACCGCAGACGACUCGGUCAAGAUGCUGGGGAAACCGACCGUGUCGUCGCAGUACGCUCCCUUCAGUUUCCGACAGAUCAUCGAGUUCAUCAUUCUCCUCCCUCUCAACUUGAUCCCCUUCGUCGGAGUGCCCAUCUUCCUGGUAGGGACAGGCUAUCGCGCGGGGCCGUUUCAUCAUUGGCGCUACUUUAAACUGCUGAGUUUGAACAAGAAAGAGCGCAAACAGUACAUUAAGCGACGGCAGUUGAAAUAUACCUGGUUUGGUAUCGUCUCGCUGAUUCUACAACUCGUCCCGGUCCUCCAGAUGUUGUUCCUUCUCACUACUGCGGCAGGCAGCGCUUUGUGGGCUGCAAAGAUGGAGAAAGCCCGUAGAGUGAGAGAGGCAGCCCCCGCUGAAGCUGAGCACGAGCCUUAUCACGACGAACCCUGA